AUGAAGGUUCUAAAAGAUAAAAUUCAACGUUAUAUUGAAAAGAUCUCGUAUGUAGAAGAUCCUAUUGAAGCUGCUAAAGAUAUGAUCAGCUCUAUACAAAGAUGCGUUGGAAUACGCAAUGUAUUUGGCGAUGAGAAGCGAAGUGCAACAGUAUUCUCGGCUAUCGUCACACUGUUAUUUGCAUCAACAUUUAUUUACGUGGGCACCAUCAGCCAGCUCAUCUACUUGGUACAAGUGUUCCCCGAUAAGAUCGAGAGCUUCAAAGCUAUUAAUUGUAUCAGCGCUACUUCUGUGCCACUGUCGAAGUUCUUUUUUAUGCUGACUGCCAGCUCUCGAUUAAAGAUAGUAUUUGAGAUGAGUCACCACGGGCUAUCUCUGAUACCAGAAGGCACGACCUCUAAGAAGAUAAUGCUGGCUACAUUGCAACAAGCUCGAUACUUCUCGUGGUUGGUAGUGGCAAACUUGGCUGUUACCCAUGUGACUUAUUUGCUGAUGCCUUUCCUCUUCACUAUUAUUGGGAAUGAUCGAUAUUUGCCCACUACACCUGGGGAAACUUAUGGAUUGAGUCCAAAAUACGAAACCCCAUUUUUCGAAAUAACAUUUGUCCUGACGUGCGUCGCUACGGCGUUUUCCGCCAUUAAUCAGACCGGCUACAUUGUGCUUUUCGUCACCCUCAUCUGCCACGAACUAGGUCAUUUCUACGCCAUCACAGAAGCUCUGCACGAGAUUCAUACAAUCUUGACAAAAGAAGAACGAUCCCGGAGUCAUUCUGAGCAAAAUGAACAAAAAUCCGUCGAUAAACUGUUGAUAUUUUGCGUAAAACAUCACCAAUUUCUAAUGAACUUCCAUGGAAAAAUUCGAGAGAUGUAUAAAGUAAUAUUCGGGGCACAUUUCCUAAGUAUGACGGUCGUUUUAGUGACGACUCUACAGACCAUGAACGUGUGGGAUUAUAGGAACACGAUCCUAACAGGGAUGUCAGGAAUCAUGCCACUAUUUUUGUACUGUUUCGGAGGGGAAAAACUUAUUUCUGCUGGGCUGCAAAUGUCGUCUGCCGCUUACAGCUGUGGUUGGGAAAUGAUGGAAGCAAAACAAGCGAAGGUGGUCCUUCUAAUGCUAUGUCUAUUGCAGCGCCCUCUAUAUUUAACUGCGGCUGAUAUAUUCAUAAUGAAUAGGGAGACAUUUGGCGAUGUGGCUCAAGUUGUAUACAAAAUAUACGCGGUUUUCAAUUAAGUUGGGUCGCGUUUCAC